AAUACGAUGCCUACUGGUACAGUCUGUUUCUAGCGGAGACUAGGAAAGGAAAGCUGUUUGUCAGACAGCCUGUUCGAAAGGCGGGCUCCAGAUACAUCGUGUCCAGUAGCCUCCAGUAGCCUCUACCCCAGGGAUCGUCAACUAGAUUCAGUCAUGGACCACUUUUUUUAUUGAGAGCAUGGUCGUGGGAACGGAGCAUAACUGCAAAUAAUUUGUAGACGGCAAAUUGACUGCAAGAAGCCCAAACAGAUAUAAUGUUUGACUAAAACAAUCAUUUCAAACUUGACCUAUAUUUGUAUUCCACCACGUUUCUCACUAUUACGCGUGUGAAUACUUGGUAACAGAUUUCUUAAAUUAAAAUCUAUUUGGAGCUGAUUUCCUGGUGUUUUCACAGUCUUAUGCUCAGAACACUUUGGGGGACAAAUAAUACCACGGGACAAAUUCGUCCCGCGGUCCUGCUCUACUCUGACUCUACUGGUUUAACGUAAUGUGCAACAACUUUACGUGUGGGUUCUCUACAGUACGCAGUUGCCAUGCGUAAAAUUGAUGAACACGUUGGCUGGAGUUCUACCAUCAUUUGAAAGUGUUCACAAUAACCAUUUUACUUUCACAUCCCAUUCGUUUACCAUUGAACAAUCAAUUCACCUCGAGCAGUUAGCUGACUAAUAUUUCUGUCCACAACGGCUGCUAUUGUUACCAGAAGUAAUCACAAUUACCCAAUAAUAGGCCUAAAUAAAGCAAUGUUCACAAUGUAUUCUUUACCUCACAUUCUAGCAAUAUUGUUGUGCGUCGUCCUUUUUCGUCGCAUAAAUAAUAUCACCAAAAAGUGUGCAAUAAACAUGUCUUAAAUCCAACGUUGCAAAGGAUGCUAAAAUGCGCAAAGGGUCGCUGCUCGCCAAUAAAACGCGCUCUUCUGUGAUGGAAUGGUAGCCAUGACAGUUCACCAUAGCGAUAAAGGCAAUGCGUAUUCUGUUUGGACAGCUCGCGGGUGCUGACAUUUAUCUGCUUUUGAGAAGGUCGUUUUAGUCUAUAUCUUCAAAAGGUUACAUAUCUAAUUUUCUUUACACAAAUCCGCCACCAACGUAACGUGCAGUAUGAGGCACAUCCCAACAAUGGAGGUGCACAUUAGUGGAGAGCCCCGGAGAAGGUACGUCGCGGUCUUUCUUCUUCUCUCUGCCGUCUUGAACACGGCAUCUGCGGUUACUCACUAUUCCAUUCCCGAAGAGAUCGAGGAAGGCUCCGUUGUUGCUAAUUUAGCUGCUGAUUUGGGUUUGGAUGCUAAAAUCAUGGCUCGACGUAAAAUACGGUUGGAUGUUAUCGCCAAUAAGAGGUAUCUGGAGAUAAACAAAGACACAGGGGAGCUACUGAUAGCGGAGAAGAUUGACAGAGAAUACUUAUGCAACGUUAAGACGUCAUCUUGUUUCCUCAAAAUGGAUGUUACCAUCGAAAACCCAAUUAGACUAUUUAAUAUUGAAGUGGAAAUAAUGGACAUAAAUGACAACUCGCCCCAAUUUCGCAGGGACACCAUGCACCUGGAUAUAUCUGAAUCCACCGCUGCAGGAGAACGAUUCUCGCUAACCAAUGCAGUAGACCCAGAUUUCGGUGCAAACUCUAUCAAUACGUAUCACUUAAGCGAGAGUGAGCAUUUCAGUAUCGAGAUUCAGACCGGAAGAGACGGGUCAAAGUUUGCUGAUUUGAUUCUUAAAAAGGUUUUAAACCGAGAGCAGCAGGCGGUUCAUAAUCUAAUACUCACCGCUGUAGAUGGUGGAGUCCCCGCGCGCUCCGGUACAGCCAACAUCAUUGUUCGCGUUAUAGAUACGAACGACAACGCCCCUCAAUUUGAUAAAGAACGCUACAACAUUAAUGUGAUGGAAAACUCUCCAAUUGGAAGCCUUGUUGUUAAAUUGAAUGCAACAGACUUAGAUGAGGGAACCAAUUCGGAAAUAGUAUAUUCAUAUAGUCUUUAUACAUCAGAUAAAACCCAACAGACUUUCAGUUUGAAUUCCAAAAAUGGUGAAAUCAGAGUCAAAGAAAUGAUAAAUUAUGAAGAUUUCAGGAUUUAUGACAUGGAAGUUAUAGCAACUGAUAAGGGCCCUAAUUCAUUGUCAGGGCAGAGUAAAUUAACUAUUUUGGUCACAGAUAUGAAUGAUAAUCACCCUGAGAUAUCAAUCAAAUCGUUUCAAAGCCCUGUCAAGGAGGAUAUUCCAGUAGACAGUGUGAUAGCAGUGGUUAGUGUCAGCGAUAAAGAUUCAGGUGAAAAUGGGAUAGUUGAUAUUCGUAUUGCUGAUACAUUACCUUUUGCAUUGAGAGAGUCUUCUGAUAAUUAUUAUGAGUUAGUAGUUUCACAACCUCUGGAUCGUGAGAAGGUUCCAGAAUAUGAAAUCACUUUUACCGUAACAGACAGGGGUUCCCCGCCACUAUCUGACAACGAAACUAUGACUUUAGAACUACUAGACGUUAACGACAACGUUCCACAGUUCCCUCAGUCGUUCUACACUAUUCCCGUUAUGGAGAAUAACGCACCUGGGGCCUUGCUAAGUUCCCUCACUGCGUUUGAUCCAGACCUCCAUGAAAACCAGUAUCUAGUUUAUUUCAUCAUAGAGAAGGAGAUAGUGAACACCUCCUUGUCAAUGCUGUUCUCCAUCAAUCCGGAGAACGGUAAUCUUUACGCACUAAAGACGUUUGACUAUGAGAUAGAGAAGGAGUUCCUUUUCCACGUCGAGGCCAGAGACUCUGGUGUUCCUCCGCUCAGCAGUAACGUGACUGUCCACAUCAUUAUUGUGGACCAGAACGACAACACCCCGGUCAUAGUGUCUCCGUGGCGCGCGCACGGCUCCGUGGUGGAGGAGAAGAUCCCCAGAUCCACCGAUAAAGGAUCCCUGGUCUCCAAGGUGAUAGCCAUAGACACGGACUCGGUCCAGAACUCUCGUAUUACAUACCAGUUUCUACAGGUUACUGACGCCACCUUAUUCAGUCUGGACCAAUACAACGGAGAGAUACGUACUAUGAGGAUGUUCAGUUACAGAGAUCCGCGUCAUCAACGGCUGGUUGUCAUCGCCAAGGACAACGGGAAUCCUGCUCUCUCUGCUACAGUUACCAUAAAGCUCUCAACAGUGGAGACUGCCGUUAAAGCCUACUCUGACAUGACGGAAGUGCCUCUAGAAUAUGACAUAUUUUCAGAUUUAAACCUGUAUUUGGUGAUCGGCCUGGGCUCCGUGUCCUUUCUGUUAUUGAUCACCAUAUUGGUCACCUGUGUGCUGAAGUGUCAGAAACCAAUGCCCAGUAAAGCGGCCCCUCCCAGUAGGAACAGCGUGAUCAGUGAGAGGAAUUCGACCAUCGCGGAUUCCACCCUGGUCUCCAACGAUGCCUACUGGUACAGUCUGUUUCUAGCGGAGACGAGGAAAGGAAAGCUGGUAGUCAGACAGCCUGUGCCGAAGGCGGGUUCCAGAUACAUUGUGUCCAGUCUACCAAGGAGCACGGGAUUGACAGAGACCAGCGACUCAGCGGCCUCUACUCUGCAGUACCCUAAGUGAGGGAAGUCCACUCUGCAGCUGGAGGGGUCGACCACCACUGGCAGCAGUUCCUCGUAAGGCUCCAUCCCCAUUGGUCCGGUGAAGUGACAUCAGGAGGAAUCCCCGUUCACUGAAGAAAGGAACCCCCGUCCUUACCCUACUCAGCCCCCUCCCCUAAACGCCCAGCCCCUCAGUGACACUCCAACUGUACCCCAAGGACCAAAAGGACACUACAGUGACCCCCGUCCCCCUGCCCCGUCCCAAGGCCAUGCCCCAAUCUCUUUUUAAGCACACGCUAGCCCCAAUCAACUUCACAAGUCUUUCAACGUCCAUUCAACACGCAUGAUUCUGCAUGGCUAUGGCCCAUCACUGAGGGCCCUUCGUAUUUCAAGAGAAAAGACACUAGAGACACAGAAUGAACAAGGAGAGGUACCACUGGACAUACAAAAGGGGUUCAAAACAGCCACUAUGAACUAACAGAGACGGACAUGGGAAUGUGGAGUUGCCUUCAAAGAUAGUAACCCAUCUCAGAAAAAGAAACAUAUUGGAUGUUAGGCUUUUACUUAAGUAUUUCUUCUUGUUCUGGCAGCGCAAAUGUGUGGAAAUGAAUAAUCAAGCAAACAAAAAACAUGAAAACAAAUAUGUCAGAUAGUUAAGUAGCUACAGAGGAUUAACAGUAUAGGACAAAAGGGAAUUAGUGCUGUGUGAGGUAAUGUGAUGUAGUAGUAGGUCAUUUAGUCGUUUUCUGUAGUGUACAAAGACCUUGUGCUACAUGUGAGUGAGAGACUCUUUAGAACACUUUUAUCAACCAAUUUAUCAAACAAGAAAUAGUGAGUCCUUCUUUAUCAUUACGUGUACGAAAAGUGAAUUUGCAUGGAGAUUUCAAUCGAAGUGCUUUGUAAUGAGUAGUGUAGAUUUGGUCUGGAUAUUUUGAGUGACUCACAGUGUCUACCAAGGUCUCACUCUCCAAUCACUGUUUAAUACUAUGAGCCACUAUGAUGACUUCACAAUGGUAAAGACCCUUAUGACACCUCUCUGAUGGUGUCACAAUGGUAAAGACCCUUAUGACAUCACAAACACUGCUGGUCUGGAGGAGGGGUCAAAGGUCAUAGACCUAUGCUCUCUCCCUAACCAGAGAGGACGAGGCGAAGAGGAUCAUUAAUUAUUAAGCAAGUGAAGAGUUUUUGUAUGGGGGGGGGGCAAUGAGAGAGUGUCGAAUUUAGGCAAAAUACAAAUAAAUUGCUAUUUUGAUACGGGAGGCUAAUUGGAAAUGUCAUAAUGCUUAGGUUGUUAUGAGUGUACCGAUUUAAGUGUGACGCACGUGACAACUUUGAGAGAAAAAAACCCCAAACUUCUACGUUCCUUUUCAUUUCUUGUUUUUCCAACUUUGUACAAAAUGUGACUGCUAAACAAAAUGAAACGCCAAUAUUUACAGUACUACGGUAACUACUAUUAUCUCUGCUUUAAGUUAUGAUCAAGGCAAGUCUAUAAUUAGUGCUUUGCGUAGCCUAUAUUAUCUAUCGAUUGUGCAACGUGUAGUCAUUCUUUUUUAUGUAUUGUACUGUAUCCUAUGGUGAUUUGUUCUAUAUAAUACCAUUACAUUCAUGAUGAAUUGUC